CCGGCCGGCCCCAGCUCGCUCGCUCCUCCCGCUGGCCCGGGCCGCCCCCAGCGCAAGACCUCGGCGAUGGCGCUCGAAGCGGCCCCCUUGUCCCGGCUGAGAAGCCGGCGCGCCGCCCUGCUGAGAAAGGGGGUCAGCUUUGAAUGCGAGAGCGAAGGAGACCACUCCAUCUCUGAAGACUUGGGCUGCAGACGUGGAGAAUUCAGUAGGAAGCAUUAUGGUUCGGUAGAACUGCUUAUCUCCAGUGACGCUGAUGGAGCCAUUCAAAGGGCUGGCCGGUUCCGGGUGGAAAAUGGCUCAGUGGACGAGAACGCCGAUUACACUCCUGGUACAUGGCACAGAACAGAUGUGCAUUUGGAGAACCCAGGAUAUCAUACCAGAUGGUACUUCAAGUAUUUUCUAGGAAAAGUUCAUCAGAAUUAUGUCGGCAUGGAUGCAGAGAAGAACCCCUUCUUUCUGUCUGUCGUGCUCUCUGACCAAAACAAUCAACGUGUCCCUCAAUACCGGGCGAUCCUCUGGAGAAAAACAGGUACCCAGAAAAUUUGCCUCCCUUACAGUCCGACCAAAACCUUGUCUGUGAAAUCCAUUUUAAGUGCCAUGAAUCUUGACAAAUUUGAGAAAGGUCCUCGAGAGAUCCUUCACCCGGAGAUUCAAAAGGAUUUAUUGGUCCUUGAAGAACAAGAGGGUUCUGUCAAUUUCAAGUUUGGGAUUCUUUAUGCCAAAGAUGGACAGCUAACAGAUGAUGAAAUGUUUAGCAAUGAAACGGGCAGUGAAAGUUUUCAGAGAUUGUUGAGUCUCUUGGGAGACACCGUUACUCUCAAAGGCUGGACGGGCUACAGAGGAGGACUGGACACCAAAAAUGACACGACAGGGGUUUAUUCCAUCUAUACCGUCUACCAAGGGCAUGAGAUCAUGUUCCACGUUUCAACCAUGCUUCCGUACUCAAAAGAGAACAAACAGCAAGUGGAAAGGAAGAGACACAUUGGAAAUGACAUUGUCACCAUCGUGUUCCAGGAAGGAGAAGAAACUUCUCCAGCAUUCAAACCCUCCAUGAUUCGCUCCCACUUUACACAUAUCUUUGCCUUAGUGCGAUAUAAUAAACAAAGCGACAGCUACAGGCUGAAAAUUUUUUCAGAAGAAAGCGUGCCUCUCUUUGGACCUCCUCUUCCUUCCCCACCAGUGUUUACGGACCACCAGGAAUUCAGGGACUUUCUGCUGGUGAAAUUGAUCAACGGGGAGAAAGCCACUUUGGAAACACCGACGUUUGCUCAGAAGCGGCAGCGAACGCUAGACAUGCUAAUUCGCUCCUUGUACCAGGAUCUCAUGCCUGACAUGCACAAGAACAUGCUUAACAGGAGAUCCUUCAGCGACGUCUUGCCCGAGUCCCCCAAAUCGGCCCGGAAGAAAGAAGAGGCCCGACAGGCGGAAUUUGUCCGUCUUGGCCAGGCCCUCAAACUGAAAACCAUUGUGAGGGGCGAUGCCCCAGCUAUUUUAGCCACCACAAGCCUCUGUAAAAAAGAGCCCUGGGAAUCUCAAUGCUUCUGCAGCAAUUUCCCACACGAGGUCAUCUGUGCAGAUUCCUGGGGGCAGUCCCUGCUGGUCUCAACAGACGUUGGCGUCCUACUCUUAGACGAUGGGCAGCCUCCCAUCCCGGUGUUUGAUAAAACAUUGCAGAUCAAACAGAUGCACAUACUUGAAACGUUGGACCUUCUAAUUACCAGAGCAGACAAAGGGAAGGAGGCCCGGCUUCUGGUGUUCAGGCUGAAUGCCCUAUGGAAAGGCAUCGAAGCAAGGCUAACCAGAAGCAAAAGUGAUUGCCGAGAAAACAAGUUGGAGAAAACAAAAGGCUGCCAUCUCUACGCCAUCAACACUCACCACAGCAACGAGCUGCGGAUCAUUGCCGCGAUCCGAAAUAAGCUGCUCCUCGUCACCCGGAAGUUCAGGCGGUGGGAGAGUCUGAACGGUGCCCCCUUGGUGUCCCCCCAGUCGGAGUCCCCCGUGGAGGAGUUUCAGUACAUCAGGGAAAUCUGCUUGUGUGACCCUCCUGUGGUCAUGACGUUGGUGGAUGGCCCCACCGGAGAAAAUGACAACCUGAUCUGUGUGGCCUACCGACACCAGUUUGACUUGAUCAGUGAGAGCACAGGCGAAUGCUACCGACUGCACAAUGUUGACACGAGCAGGGUUAAUUUUGUUGCAGCUAUUGAUGUGUAUGAAGAUGGAGAAGCUGGCCUGCUUUUGUGCUAUAACUAUGUUUGCUAUUACCGCAAAGUGUGUCCCUUUAACGGGGGCUCAGCUCUGGUCCAGCCACUAGCUUCGGAUUUCCAUUUCAGCUGGAACCAGGUUCCUUAUGCGAUUGUUUGCGCCUUCCCUUACAUUUUGGCCUUCACUACCGAUUCCAUUGAGAUCCGGUUGGUGGUUAAUGGAAACCUCGUCCAUACAGCCGUGGUCCCAGCCUUGCAGCUGGUGGCAUCGAGGUCAGAUAUCUACUUCAGAGCUGCCACCGCAGUGAGCGAAGUGUCCAACAGCAGUUCGAAGGAGACCAGCUCCCCUGGGUCCCCUCAGACACCUUCAGUUCAUGAAAGUCCCAUUUUCUCCCCUACUUCAGCAGAAGGUGAAGCUUUGUGCAAAAAUAUCUACAAAAUCCCCCUCAGCAACCUGGUUGGCAGGAGCAUCGAGCGCCCACUCAAGUCUCCCCUGGCCCCCAAAGUCAUCACCACCCCAACGUCUGCUGGCAUCGCCUCUAUCCCAGUUGCACCUUCCCUCUCCUUGUCGCGCAUAGAGAUCAAAGAGAUUGCAAGCAGAACCCGCAAAGAAUUGCUUGGUCUGUUAGAUGAUCCUACUUCAAAGUCAGAAGGAGGGCAAAAGCAGAAGAAGCUUCCGUCAAAACCAUCAGACCCGAAGCAGGGAACUCAGCGGUCCUCAAGCAGUGACAGGCUCAUUGUGAGCUCGUUCGAAAGCACUUCCGAAGAGCCCCUCUUCUCUGCCGGUUCAGACCCUGACGCUGCCCCACCGGAUGAGGAGCCCCAUUCCAGCAAUCUCUUCCAACUCGGGGCCUCCUUUGACGAAGGCAUCAUUGAUCUGAAGUGAAGACAACUGGGACACAAUCUUUGCACGCACUCACCCCGUUCUCUGCCACUGGUUUCCCUCCACCCCCUGUCCCAAUUUUGUACAACUCUCUAAACAGUAUGCAUCUCACUAAAUGCUCUAGCAAUGUUAGAAGUGGUCACUACAUGCAAUCCAAGAGAGGAACUAAGGGAUCCAUCUCUGGAUGCCUGACUUUUCCAGCUUAUUGGCUUGUUAGAGGAAAAGAGACCAGGUGUGUGUGUGUGUGUGUAUAUAUAUAGAUAGUCUUUUUGGUGAAAUAAGAGAGCAGUCACCCAGUUUGGGUGAAAGCUUGGGUGAAGGAUCAAAUGAGCUUUAAUCAGUUAAUUGAUUAAAUCUUUAUCUAUUUUCACAUGGCACAGGAAGUCUCUUUCAAGGAACAGACUGCUUAUAUUUCAGGGGUGGGGCAAGUUCCUAAGUGCCCCCUGUCCAUGGUAACAGGCCAACAGACAUGUUUCCUUUCUCCACCAGCACUGGAGGAGGGAGAUGACCUGGACAGUCUUGGAGAUUGUCCCCAGGUUUGGAAAUCAGAACAGAGGGAACUAAAGAAGAGGAAGUUCUCUUCGCUGAGCCACAUUUCCCACCAUUUGAAGCUAAAAGGAGGGUCCUGGACCCGUGCCGAGAGUGGCCGCCAACUUCCUUGUCUGAAACAGGAUCUGGCCAGGGAUUCUGCCUCCUCCUUGGUCUUAGCUUGUAUUCCUGUAAUUCAGAAAAAUUACAUAGGAAAGUAGGGAGUCACUGGGGAAGAGAAAUUCCCUGCCACGCGAGUGAGAUCCUGGAAGCAUCUGGUCUGUCACUGCAGAGCGGUGUUUCUCAACCGUGGCAACUUCAAGCACGCUGGCUGGGGAAUUCUGGGAGUUGACGUCCACACAUCUUGAAGUUGCCAAGGUUGAGAAACACCGCUGUAGGGCAUAGGCUGCUGGACUCGAAUGUCACAACCCAAAGGUGUGUUGGUGCAUGGAGUGCCCCCCAACGUGGCUUCUAAACUGAAUUCUCAUGUGAUCAGAAAGAAGUACACGAAUGGCAAGUUGUCCCACUCUGCUUAACCUGCUAUGGCAAAAUUGUACGGUGCCCUCUUGAAAUAGCCCUUGGGUCUGAUCCAGGAGGGUCAAAAAGAACCCUGGGAUUCUUUAAUUUAAAAGGUGUAACUUAACCCCCAAAGAUAAAUAAAUAAAUACACACACACACACAGUGUGUGUGUGUGUGUUUGUGUAUGUAUGUAUGUAUGUAUAUGGAUUGUUCAAUUAACGAUAGCUGCUUCUGGCUAGAAAGAGUCUUGUUUGAGGAAUCCAAUCAGCGGCAGAAACAUUGCCGUCCUGCUAAACCAUUAGCUUUUCCUCUUUGGUUGUAGCAGAGGGGCAGAACAGGCCUUUCUUGAGCUGAAACUUGGAAAUCCGACAACUGUUCUUCCCCUCCCACCUCGUUUUCUCAUUUUGAUUAAUGGAUAGAUGUCCCCCCUCCCUCUGCUGACUAGCCAGAAAAGGUUAGGUUGAGCAUACAGGUAGUCCUCACUUAACAACCACAAUUGGGACUGGAAUUUUGGUGGCUAAGCGCAGUGGGUCAUUAAGCGAAUCUGACCGGAUGUUAUGACCUUUUUUUCAGAAGUAGUUAAGUGGAUCACUGAAGCCGUUAAGCGAACUAUGUGGUCGUUAAGCGAAUCACGUGGUUCCCCAUUGAUUUUGCUUGCCAGGAGCUGGCCAGGAAGGUUGAAAAUGGCGAUCACGUGACCAUGGGAUGCUGCGACGGUCAUAAAUGCGAACCGGUUGCCAAGCACCCAAAUUAUGAGCUUUCACGAAAGAUUCAAGGAGGUUUUGGAAGAGACACCACUCCUCCGGGGUGUGAAUGCCAAAGCUACUUCCAACCUCUGUUAAGUAGGGUUUGCAGUUUGGGUCUUUCAAAGGCUUGACAACCUGUGGCAUGAGAAAGGUACCUUUGCCCUCUCUUGGGCAGGGCGGGAACCUGUCUCAAAGCUGCUUUUAAUCCCUCAAAGGUGUUUGCCUGUUCUCGUGACCCACCCCCUUCGCCCUUUCCUCCUUCCUCAUGUUGACAGUUUCUGUCCUGUGGUUUGUUAGACACCCUGAGAAACCAGAUGUCCAUCUGAAGGGGCCGGUGGCCCUACCGCAGGAGAAACGUUUGCACCCAAAGGCUGUCCUCUGCCCUAAUUCCAACAUUUCCUUGUCGAGUUAACCACAUCAACUGAUUUGUCUUCCCUUACACCAAUAGUCCCACUCUACUUGUUUGUUUGAUCCUUCCUGGUGGAUCUUCCAUUCCACCUUUGAUCUCCUACCUCUUUUGCCCACCAAGAUUCCAUGAUCCAGUCCCUCUGCCUUUGCCUGAUUGCCUUAUUUUUUGCUCAUUGGACAGAGCACUUAAUCCAUCUCAAGCAGGAUGGUUAUACUGAACAAACCAUUUGACUGUUUUGCCUGGCCCACUCUUCCCAAGGGACCAGCCCCCUAGUAAAUAAAACACUGCACCCUUGGCUAGUAGAAAACAAGCAGCUGAGUUUCUGGUGUUAAUGGAGGAGAGCAGCUGGGAUAGCUGAGCAGGUAUGCCAUUCGAAAAAAAUAUGGCGGAAAGUAUCAGUAAAGCCACAAGCUGAUAGAUGCAGGUCUCCCUUUCCUGAGUACACAGUGGCCCAUUUCCCAUGCAUCUCAAAUGCUGGUUUCUAGAAUGGCCAGUCUGUAGGGCUGGGACCAGCACCCAACAAAAUUAGAAUCUGCGGCUGAGUUCCAAACCCAUUGUAAUUUCUAAUCAGCUUGCAGAUUAGUGGAGCUAAACAAUGGACACCUACCCAGGGCCGCAACUGGAGCGGGGGGCAAGCGGGGCAUGUGCCCCAGGUGCCACGCUGGGAGGGCACCAAAAUGAGUGCUGGGGGGGCUCCAAGAUGGGCGUGGAAUCCAUGUUUGCCCUGGGUGACACAGACCCUAGUUGCGGGCCUGCACCUACCUCUGCUGACAGAGCCAGCCAAGGGUGAUGGGAGUUGGAAUAGAUGCACGGCCCUCAAGAAAUCCUAGAGAGAAAGAAGCUGGGAUGAAGGACAGGGUGAGCUGGGUACAAGCUCCGAGAUGGUUGCAUAGAUUUGUGCAGAAACGGACUCGUUCGUUUUGGAGGGCUCGGGGGCUUUCGACCUUUGGGAUCUCUUUUCAGAUGUAGCAUCUCUCAGCUUCUCUUCCUUUUUAACACCUUUGUUUGCAGACAAGUAGACGUUUGCUGCAGAUGGUACGCCUGCGUUUCUGCUUUGGUGAAAAUCGUCUUUCCCCCCACUCCUCUCCGAUUCCAAAAGAGCGUUUUUGGGAAAGUGGGGCAUAAUCUCAUUGCCGCAUAAUCUUGCUGGGGGCGGCUUCUGGUGAAUUAGCAGAACGAUUCCCACGUGUCAUUCCCACCUGCUUUCUGUAUGUAUGUUUGCUUCCAGUUGAGGGCUGUGUACCCCUGACAAUUGUAAAAUCAAAGGUCUUCCAGGUAGAGCAUGUUGAGAAGAAGGUUUGAGUGCACAUAUAGGAAGAGACAGUAGGCUCUGGAACACUGUAAUUACAAUUUCGGCUCUUCUCUGCUGUCUUCAGUUCAUUUGUUUUUGUGCCUUCGAGUCAAUGUUGACUCCUGGCGACCGCCUGGACAAGUCCCUGCUGUUUUCUUGGCAAGGUUUUUCAGAACUGGUUUGCCAUUGCCUCCUUCCUAGGGCUGAGAGAGAGGGACUGGCCCAGGGCCACCCAGCUGGCUUUGUGCCAAAGGUGGGACUAGAACUCGCUGCCUCUCAGUUUUUAGUCUGGUGCCUUCGCCACUGCACCAAACUGGCUCUCCAUUGCUGUCUUCAGCACCUGAUGGCAAAUUUACCAAGCUUCUUAUGCUUAAAAAAAGAGACACCGUUGUCUCCAAGGCUGUCCCAAUUCAAAUAUUGCCUUGAAGCUGAGUGUCACUUCAACCUACUAAAAAAGCAUUCACAAAUGGCCCACAUUUAAUUGGGGCCACGCUAAUCCUCCCAAUACUAUUUUCAUGGUGAAAAUGGUGCUCCAGUGGUACGAUAAAGUAUCCCUUUGAAAUUCCAGUGAUGGCAGAUUCAUCCAUCCGAUACCGGAUCUUUUUGCACUGCAGGAGGGCUAAAGGCAGUUUUGGGAAGCGAGGAGCAUUUUAAGUCACGGAAGCAUAAAGCACAGGAGGAAAACUGGUUGAAUUCCUUCUUUUUCUGAAAUGCAGUGGCUCUGCCUAAUACACCGCCAGCUGUAUUAUUUUAUUUUCAUCCACGUGGGCAACUCUUUGGGGGUCCUUCCCAUUUUAGCCAAUUCCACUGACUUGCACGAAGUCUUAGACGAGACAUUGUGUCUUAGCAUAUCCAGCCACAAAAUGCAGAUAACCAGACAGGGCUCCCUUUCUGAAGGGAAAUCAGAAGCAAAACCUGAGGGGCAGUGCUUGAUGUUGGUUAAAUGCUUAAGUUCCUUUCAUACAUUCACCAGGCAGAUUUUCUGCUGGCCCCAGAGCUGCAUUUACGAUUCGUAUGUGACUGUUAAUUGCUCAUAUCUCCAUUAGUGAAAGAAUGUGGAAGCGGGGUUGUGAGUUUUUAAAAAGCAUUAUCUGUGCUUUGGUUUUUCAGAUGCUGUACAUAAUUGGGGAGUGGGGUGAGGAAAAGGAUUAAUCACCAGUGUCUCCUGGCUCAAGAGAGCAUUUUUCUUAGUGCUUAAACUCAAGGGGGUAUUGAAUAUAUUUCCUAGUUUUCUGCUCCGUCUCCCAACAGACGGUCUUACUCUUGAAACCAGAACCGAGCUAACCACCUCUAGCCCGGCACCUGUUCAUAUUAUGAGCUUCAUCUCCUACCAGCGCUUGCCCAUGCUGCUUGGGGAUGCUGGGAGUUGUAGUCUAAGAGACGGAGGGAUGGUUACAAGAUUCAGGGAGGCUGAUCUGUCCUUUCGUUCCUGUCUUCCUCUUAAGCAGAAGUCCUGGAAAGGCUUAGCAGCGUUUUCCUGCCCAGUAGACCAUCCACUGUUGCAAAUUAAAAGAGAGAGAGAGAGACCAGGCAACAGGACCACCCUUUGCCAGAAAACGUGGCAGCAAGCAUUUGCCUCUUUGAAGAUCACGGCCGCAGUUGUAGCGUUAACAUUACACACUGAUCUGCUACGGUCACCUUUGCACGUCUGUUCUGUUUGUGCCAUUUGACUUGGUGUCUCAACUCUUCCACGUAUCCCCGUGGUAGUCCUAUGUCUCCAAAGGAAGAACUCUCCUGUUGCUGCCUCUUCUUCCUCCUCCUCCUCCUCCUCCAUCUUCGGUGGGGGUGGGUGGCUGUUUCCUGCAAGUAUGACUUGCUAGUAUUUAUUAAAUAUUUCUCUCGCCAGACAGAAGGCACUUUGAAGCUGAUGUAUGUACAAAAGAGUUUGUCGUCAACACUGGUUGCUUGUUCUCCUUUCCCAUUUUUCUUUCAAAAAAAAAAAAAAGCACCCUCGAGCACUGUCCGGCAUGAGUUAGGUGUGACUUCCCCGUCCCCACCCCCCAAAGCAACAGAUGGAGAAGGAAGGCAGAUUCGGCCACAUCCUUUCCACCUUUUUCCAGCAUCUCCCCGCUCUUGUUUCCAAGUAGGAUGCAACUUCUGCCUGGGAUUUGGUGCUCUAUUUAUGGUGGGGCCUGGGGGAGAAAUCUCGUUUUGAUGAUCCACGUGUUUUAGAAGAGGGAUGAGGGACAACCGAACUGGUUGCGGGAAGGGAUGGGAGAAUCAAGGUGAAGUUUACAGCUUAAAUCCAUGAAACCACCUCUUCCUAAACUUCACUCUUGGGAUCUACCGACGAGUAAAGGGGUCAGCCCCUUUCAGCGCCAGCUGUUGUUCACAGUCAAGGCUGGCUGAUCUCACCAAGAUGAUCCCAUGCAGGAUAACUCAGAAAUCCAAGUUAAAGUGGCUUUGGGAUGGCAUCUUCGCCAUGCCAUGCUAUGUGGGUGGAUCAGAAAAUUAAGCCUCCUGAAAUCUUUUGGGCUUACUCCGCUUAUUGACGCGUAUUGGAUCACAGCUUUACUCACACCUAACUUUUUUGCUGGAUUGUGCCCCUUGACUGUUAACUCUAGUGGGAUUUUGUACUUUUCAAUGAUUCCGUGCUGUCAGCCUGUGGCUUACCCUCUUGUGAGUCUCAAAGUUUAAAUUAUACCACCAAGUGUCUUAAACUUAAUUGUAUUUGCCAUUGUUUUUCAAUGCUACAAGUAAUAAUGUAUUAUUAUUUCCUUUUUUUCUGAGUGUUUUCAAAUAUGGCUUGUAAAAACGAGAGAGCGAGCGAGCAUCACAGUAUACGAUGACAGACAUCUGUUCUGGAAGUUCCAUAGACCACAGCUGUAAAAUCAACUGUUGGGUUUUUUUUUCUUCCUUGAUAUGUAAUAAAUAUUUAUGAUAUUUGAUAA